AUGGCUCUUCAGCGGAUCUCUAAGAUGUCUGCUUACAUUUGCUUUCUGGUUUUAUCUUUGGCCUCAAUUGCUUAUUUGUGCCAUAACUUGAAUGUGCCUGGAAACUACAUGAGUAGGCUUUACCAAAGUGAGCACAUAUAUACCAAAGUUGAUUCCUUGAGAUCAUUAAAGACUCCGUUAUCGCGAAACUAUUUUAUCCUUCGCUACUGCAAAUCUCUCCGAAGGUCCAGAGAAAGUGCAAAGUUUCUAGAGCUGCUGCUUCUGGGAAAAGCGCUCACUCAUGAAAGCAGGUUUACUGAGAGAACCAUAAUAAGGCCUUCUGCAACGGAUAUAUAUUUUAAGACAGGCUCAGAGUUUCUUGGGAUUUCAAUGCUUCACUCAGUGCUAACAAUCGUCUUUUUGACUGGAUUCCUCUCCAUCAAUAUUUCUAAAAAGGUACCAAAGGAUUUAUAUAACUUUGAGGACUUGGAUAAAGAAGGCCAAGCAUCAUUGAGCAAGGGGACUUUACAGUGGAAGCUUGUUAUGGGUGAUGCAUUUAGAGAACCAAGCUUCUCAAAGCUUCUGUGUGUGAUGGUUGGAAAUGGCAUUCAGAUUGCAGGCACAGCAGUAGCAACAAUAACCCUUGAAGUGCUUGGUUUCAUCUCACCAAAAUCUGAAGCCAUGCUCUUAACAGUAACGAUGUGUUUCUGUCUCAGUUUUGGUUUUGUUGCUGGUUAUGUUGGUGUUUGGCUAUGGCGGAACAUCAAAGGCAGCUCAGAAGGGUGGAGAUCCUUGUGCUGGUCUAUUGCAUGUCUCUUUAUCACAUCUUUUUGCAUCUUGAUAGCUCUGAACGUUUGGUCUGCAAAUGGGAGCACUGCCGUUCCAUGCUCACAAUUCAGAGCUCUAUCGUGGUUUCUCAGUGUCACAGCUGGGGUUUUUCCAUUCACGAUGAUCUUUGUUGAGCUCUUCUUUGUUUUCCCUUUGAUCUGGGAUGGGAGGUCCUACUAUGACUUCAGCUUCCUUUCUGAAAAGUUGGUUGGCUUGUUACUCAUGGCCGCCAUCUUCCUUACCGUUGCCUGUGCUGAAGUGUCGGUGGGAUCCGCCUACAUGUGUCUUUGCACCAGGGAUUGGAAGUGGUGGUGGAAAGCAUUCUUUGCAUCAGGAUCUGUUGGCUUUUAUAUAUUCAUGUUCUCCAUAAACUAUCUGGCAUUUGAUAUUGGAGGGUUGGGCAGGCCUGCAUCCGUUGCACUAUACCUUGGAUACUCAGUGAUCUUGGCCUUUGCUGUAAUGCUGUCUACUGGUGCAGUUGGCUUCCUCACAGCCUUCUGCUUUAUUCGUUAUCUCGCACUCUUACAGUAA